CACCAGGCAGAUUGCACAAAUAGCUGACUCAAAAUGCUUGUUUUAAGCUGUGUGGUAAUUCUGGCGAUAUUAUCAGGUAUUAAGUGAUAGCGAAACUAUUAUUCUGCGACUGGGAUAUAACAAUUCGUAUUUUCCGUCAACAUGAUUUUUAUUUGCCUUUGAAUUUAGUGACUAAUCACUCCAUAGAACCUUGCAAAUAGCGUAUAUCAACAAACAUAAAGUCCAUGUCAAGUUUCCCUUCCAUGCUUCAAAGUUUGUUUAAUUAUCCGCUGAUAAUGGUAGAUAGAAAUUCAGUAUUGCCCGUAUUUAAUUGUUUUUUUCUUUUUGCAGUGAAUGUUUCUUGUGCCUCCAGCAACCAAGACCAGGUAAACUAAAUUUUCUUCCCAUAUUAAAAUGCACUGCAAAACGUCUGCCCUAAUCUCAACCUUAGAAUGAAUUUAAAUGUAUAUUGCACCGGAAAGAUUCCGUUUUCCUGCGCAUUAACUAACGCGUAUUAUUUUUCCUGUAUAUCUGCAAUUUGUUAAGAGAGAUGCUAUAUUUACAAUAUUUCUUGCUUGUUUUAAAGUUGUCGUUAGCGGGUAACCUUGAUGAUGCCGUUGCCACCUAUUAGAAUUAACACUGAGAUUGAUAUAUCAACAACGGUAAACAAAACUUAACGAUGGCGGGAUUGAAACUUGUAACAUUCACAAACUCUUAAACAUUCGAGACUCGUCUUAGAGAUCUAGUUCAAAAGUAAACACAAGCGAAAUUGGUUAGACUGUAGCGUAUUUUGGCUAGAAGUUCCAAGUACAUUUGAAAGAAUUCACAACCUUCUUUCGCUAAUUGUUAUUUAUUACCCCACGACUGGCAUGGGCAUCGUAUGAUGUCCCUGAAUAAUUCCAGGUUUCCACCUUCUUUUUCACUUUUUUUGUCGUGGUUUUCUUUUUUUCAUGGAAACUUUGGUGUAUGUAAGGUUUUAAUUUUGCGAGUGGAAAAACAGAUAUAUUACUUGAAAAUAAUUGACAAAGAAACUUUCUGCUUUGUGUUUAGGUUCUUGGAAACAACGAAACCAUAUUUAACGCGACAGGCUUUCUGAAACCCUUAUCUUAACGGCUCUUUAUUUCAGAACAUCUCUUGGACUUAAAUAGUACCUAAGCUAAAGCUAAACUGAAAAAAACAAUUUUUUGGUAAAAUGAAUCCUCAGAAUUAACAAUGAGAGCCCAACAAUUCAAGCCUUUAAUUAUUUCUUUUGAAGUUGUCGGUGACAUUUUUACGCGCGGCCGUUUAAGUGGCAUUGACUAGUCAUCUCAUGCAGAGUUUCCAAUUAAAUUUUUAACUGGUUCUUUUUUAAUUUUCUUUUUUGAAUAUGCCGUCUAGCAUGUUUACAUGUAACGAAAACACCAAGAGACCGUCGCGGCACAAAUUGAAUAGGAUUAUUACUAAAAAUACAUCUAAUGACGUAACAUUGGACUAGUAAAGUCGAGUUCGCUGACAUGGCAAAAUUUCUGGUGAAACGUUUAAUACCUGAAUAUCUCGAAUAUGAAAAGCCACUCACACAUGAAAGUUCGAUAGACUAAUUACUUUGUUAUAACUGUAUUUUUUUAAAUGUUUUAUGUAACUAUAAUAAUUAUGAAUGUAGUAAAAACGAAUGUAAAAACCUACAUCUUUUGAAGACUGGCUAAAAAGAUUCCUGCCGAGAUGCUGAAUGCUUGCGCGUCCCAUGUUAACCUCGCGUUUCCUCUUGGAAAGUAUUUAACAUCCUCCUAAGACUGAUAGGCGGCCCUGCUAAGAAGGCACCGAACUAUAAACCCAUCUCUCUUUCGCCAAAGUUCUCGAACGUUACGUGUUCAACAGGCUUAUCGACCAUAUCGUUCCUCAGGUUCAAAAGCUGCAGUUCAAGUUUUUAACCGGUAAAUACCCCACAGCCCAGUUACUUGAAGUCCUUCAUAACAUUGGAGAAAAGCGGGAUAAGCGAGUGCAGGUUGAUGCUAUCAAUCUUGACAUCGCUUAUCGAAUAAGCCUUCGACAGCGUUAACCACAAACUACUGCUCACGAAACUUGAGCGAAUCGGCAUCUGCGGUACCCUGUUUUCUUAGUUCACUGAGCGCGUCCAAAGGGUCACAGUUCUCGGGGUCAACUCUGAAUCCCUCCCUGAACAAUCAAGAGUGCCGCAAGGGUCAAUACAUGGACUACUCUUGCUCUUCAUAAAUGCGAAUGACCUUACUGACGUGGCCUCAUAAUAGAGCUUGCUCUUUAUGUGUUAAAUCCAGGCAUCUUGGCGAAGUUGUAAAUAAAUAAAUAGAUACAUGCAUACAUACAAACAUACAUUUCAGGGUAGUUACUGUUAAUUUAGGCUAAGUAGGUUCUUAAUCAGGUUCUUAAUUUCUGUGAAGGAGAUACAGUUGUUUACUAGCAGAAAAAUAAAGAAACGUGACUUUGGUCCUUAAAUAUACAGUAUUUAUUCACUGUCAAUCACGGCAAACCUAGUCCCUGUACGGCGUUUUCCCAGUCCCUCUCAGUC